GUGAUUCAUGAUAAUUGAGGUCAAAAAUGUCCGUCGCUGAAACUUUUUCAAGACAGAUAUUCAGCAGAGGGGUAGAUUAGUUGACAACAAAGAUUCAAGAUGAAGGUUGUGUGUGUGAUAGAUUUGAAUGGUGCAGCUGGAGGUGGGGCCACUUCUUCAGUACGUAAACAAGCUUACACAGAUCUGCAGAAAGCUUGUAAAAGCAUAAAAGCUGAACUUAUACAUCUCCAGUUUGAGAAGUUGGACUUUGGAGAGACAGACACUCUGGAUACAUUCUACAAUGCUGAUGUAGCUGUAGUUGAUAUGUCCAUAGUUCUUCAACAGACAGCACUCUUCUAUCAUAUAGGAGUCAGAGAAAGCAUGGAUAUGACUGAUAACUUUGUCUUGUUUCACGACACAGACACUGAAAUCACAAUCUCACUCAAGCUGUCCUGUUCUUCAUAUCAUUUCCUCCCCUACAUGAUGGAUGACGCCAACACAUUGAUUGUGCAGGAUAUUAACCUCAUCAGGAAACGAGAAUCUGCAUGUGUUUUGCCAGACAGUGUAAAGACACUAUAUAGCCGCAUAAAGAAGGCACUGAAUGAUAUUGAGAGAGACUCAAGUGCGCACAUGAAGGAUAAAUUCCUCUCAGAUUUGAGAAAAGUGAGAGCCAGUUGCAAGGGGGAGGAGUUAGCUCAGAAAUUGGAGAAUAUGCGUCAGAGAUUGGAUGACCCGUUGCUGUUGUCAGCAGAUGUGAUUCUCAACAUGCUUCUCUCAUACAGGGAUAACCAAAAUUAUGAUGCUAUGGUGCGACUGGUAGAAGAUAUCCAUCAGCUGCCAAACAAUAAAAUUACAAAGGCUCUUGGUAUCCAGUACUGGUAUGCCUUUGCUCUAGUCAGACGCAAGCAUAAAGGAGACCAGGAGAAAGGAUUGAAUGUCAUUUUGAAGGCAAUAGAGGACAGUGAAACCCCAGUACCAGAUAUGCUGUGCUUAGUGGGGCGUAUCUACAAGAACAAGUUUGUUGAGUCAGACUACAAAGACAGCGAAUCCAGAGACCAAGCCAUUUAUUGGUAUAGAAAAGGUUUUGAGGUUCAACCCAAUGAAUAUGCUGGCAUCAACCUAGCGACACUGCUAGUUAUAUCUGGUAAAGAAUUUAGCAAGUCAACAGAACUGCAGCGUGUAGGCCUCACUCUCAACAAUUUGAUUGGUCGAAAGGGUAGUUUGUCUUCCUUAAAGGACUACUGGGAUAUUGCCACAUUCUUUGAAAUCAGUGUCCUAGCUGAGGAUUGGUCAAAAGCAUCACAGGCUGCCGAGUGUAUGUUUGAACUGGAACCUCCAAUAUGGUAUCUCACUUCAACUGUAGGGAAUAUUCAACUAAUCAACAGUUUUAGGAAAUUUGAGGGUGAAACUUCUGUAGAAAAACAGUUGUUUGAUUUCUGGAUGGACUUCUUUGUUGAGGCCACCAAGGGUGAAUCAACAGAUGUUAGGUUCCCAGUUCUCAUACGAGAACCUAGUAAGGAAUACAUCCCUAGCUAUGCUCAGAUUAACAUUGAGGAUCCAGACUCAGAUCAGCCCUCAGCUGUGAGGUUAUGGCAUGUCAUACAAGAAAGUGAGACGAUGAAGAUACAUGACUGGACGUUCCCAGCUUCCACCAUCAAAAGUGUCAGUUUAUACAAGAGAGACAGCCGUGCGAUAUUUCUCUAUGUCCAGGAAAACUCUGAUGAUUUUGAAAUCUAUUUCUCAUCUGAGGUUCAGAGACAGAGGUUGUAUGAUAUGGUUAUGGAUAUGAUUGCUGACCAGGAAGGUGCAGUUCCAGACCUGGAUAUAGAGGCCAUUAGUCAAACUAUAGAGUAUGAAUAUGAGCUAGAUGAGAAAGGACAGAAGAUCGUGUUGGGAAGGGGGACAUAUGGUACAGUAUACUGUGCCAGGGACCUUAACACACAAAUUAGAGUUGCAGUCAAAGAAGUGCCUGAAAAGAACCUCCAAGAAGUGCAGCCGCUACAUGAAGAGAUCAAACUUCACUCCCGGUUGAGCCACAAGAACAUCGUCAAGUACCUCGACUCUGUCAGUGAAGACGGUUACUUCAAAAUAUUCAUGGAACAGGUACCCGGAGGAAGCCUGUCCCAACUGCUUAGAUCAAAGUGGGGUCCACUGAAAGACAAUGAAACAACCAUUGCAUUCUAUACAAGACAGAUACUGAAAGGCCUCAAAUACUUACAUGACAAUAAAAUAGUCCAUCGAGACAUUAAGGGUGACAAUGUACUGGUGAAUACAUAUAGCGGUAUACUGAAGAUCUCAGACUUUGGCACAUCAAAGAGACUUUCUGGAUUAAACCCUUGUGCUGAGACAUUUGCAGGCACACUGCAGUACAUGGCUCCAGAGGUUAUAGACAAAGGGGCAAGAGGCUAUGGACCCGCAGCUGAUAUCUGGUCUCUGGGAUGUACUGUCAUAGAGAUGGCAACUGGAAAACCACCUUUCAUAGAGCUUGGAUUGCCACAGGCGGCCAUGUUCAAAGUAGGCUUUUAUAAGAUUCACCCAGAUAUCCCUCCAACCAUGUCCGACACAGCAAAGAACUUUCUAGAACGAUGUUUUGUUCCUGAUGCUGAGAAGCGAGCAACAGCAGCAGAACUUUUAGAAGACCCCUUCUUGUCCGAGACCCUAGCUGCAGAGAGUGCUGCAAGAAGGAAGAAAAGAACAAAAGUUUCCAAUGAUUACGGGAGGAGUGUCUCUGUUCCUGCGGAGCGUUUCCUGUCCCCUCCAGGUGGCGAUGAAACUGAUCUAAAGAAGAGGUCGCCAUCUUUAAAUGUAACAAUUAAUCGGGAAAUAUCUCGAGACAGUUAUAAUGGAUCUAACAACUCUAGUCCCCGUGACAGUCCUGUACCAAGGGUACACUCAGCUGCAACGUUUGACAGUUCCCCUGUGAGUAGUCAGGCUACCUUCAGUCCUCCACACAGUCCCAAUACACUUAGCCCAACGCGCCUGCAGGAGUUCAGCCACAAUGAUAGCUUCUAUAGUAGUACAGGGAGCUAUAGGAGAUCAGACAGUUCAACGUCAGAAACCCCGAUGUCACCAUUUAACGAGAAUGAACCUCCAACUCCUGGCACGGACCUCUUGAACCCUGAAGCAGCCAAUCGAGAGGGAGGAUUCUAUUUACUGCGCAAGGACUCUGAGCGUAGGGUUUCUCUAGUGAAGAUACUAGCAGAUAGUUUGGAAAUGGUAUGUGAUAGAUGGCUGGCAUUGCUACAAAAGGAAACCAACAUUGUCAAUCCAAAGCUAACAAAGGCUCAUUUAGUAAUAUUGGUGCAAGGUUUCCAAGAAUAUAUCAGAGACCAUGACAAAAAAUCUGUAGUACAUGCUAUAGAUUCUCUGAGGGAGGCGUUUGAUUUUGAUAUGACAGCUCUCAAUGAGAUUAGUCUUGCCAUAUAUGCCUUCCAGGAUGCGGUGCAAGAUGUUUUAAAGAAGAAAACUAACCAGCCUCACUGGAUAUUUGCCAUGGAUACCAUUAUCCGUAACUGUAUAGAAACAGCUAUAACAAUCAUAUCUCCUGAACUGACCCCCCACCUGUCAACUCAUGCAGCAGAAGAGCAUGGCACAUCAUCUGGGGUGUCAACAUUUGACUCAGGAAAGUCACAGCAUUUACAAGAGCAGUUUAAUAAUCUAGAAGCAAGGGAUCUUAGGACACAAUUGCAAACUAUAAAUGAGGAAAAUACUAGGUUACUAAGGGAACUGAUUGAAGUCCAGUAUUCAUAUCGUGAUAUGAUGAAAAGUGCAAUACAAGAGAAACGACUCAACAUUGAGCACCUACAGGUCCUUGGUGUCCCAAACCCUGCCCCAGUCAGCCCAAAUAAAGAGGUGAACACCAGUGUAGACCCAGGUCUGAUGCAUUGGUUGAAGACUGCAGGGGCUGAUGAGGAAACCAUUAAUAGGUUCAUACGAGAGGCAUACACUAAAAAAGAUGUAUUAGAAGUUAUGACACAAGAUGAUCUUAGGAGAUUGAACUUAAAGGGUGGAAUUCACUGUCGCAUUUGGCAAGCUAUUAUGAAAUAUCGUCUUCAGCGUAGUCGGCAGGUAACCGCCUCCCCAACCCUAGUAACUCAACAAAACACACCAUCAAAUAGAUCUACAACAUCAUCAACUCAUAGCCAAUCUCAAACUAUUAAAGCUCAACACUCAAGUCAUCACCACCAUGUGACCAAAAAAUGAGCAUUAUGUAUUUUAGUAACGAGGCAAUCUGAUGAAUUAUAUUUAUAUGGUACACUGUGUGAAAUGUGUGGAUUGUAAA